UCCGCUCUAAAAUGUCAACAAUAAUAUGGAGCUCUUUCUAAAUCUUUUUAACUAAUUGUAUUUAACAUUAAUGCCAAUUUGAACCUGUCAUCCUAGUAUCCUCGUGACCGAACAGAUAGUUUUGCUGUGCUCGACAGUAUUCAAAAUGCCGGUGAAGGAUGAGAGCGACAAGGGUGUGGUCGCGGGAGAGGGCAGCUCAUCCAGUUCGGGGUCGUCAUCUAACGACUCUUCGUCCAGUGGGAGCGACUCCUCCUCCAACGACUCCUCUUCCUCAAGUAAUGACGAUUCUUCUUCGGACGACGACAGCUCAGCGUCUUCAUCCCCUUCUCGCAACGGGAUGGGCGACAAGGAGGCCGUUGCCUCGACGUCUACCAUUAACACAAAACCACCUUCAGCAUCUCCGAGCGGGCCAACCAUUCGAUCUCGUAGUUGCAGUGCUAACAGUGGACGAAGUCGUCGAGCAGCCUCUGCAUCCUCCAUCUCGUCUCUCGCAUCGUCCACCAAAUCUUCCAAAUCGCUCAAAAAGGUUAAAGGGUCCACCACUAAAAAGGUGACAUCAACCACAGAAAGCCCGAAACGGUCACAAUCUGCGAGCAGUGCUGGUGGUGGGAGCAACCAUAGCAAAGCUGUGGCUUCUAGUUCGUCCUCCGGGAAGAAGAAAGUUCCUGUUCCCAAGAAGGAAGACAACAUUUCAAGCAACAUGAGCAAAGGUUCGUCUAACAAGCCAAAGAAGACGACGACGACGACGAUGGGAGCAAAUGGUAAUAAUAACCACCACCACGGGUCUACCAGCAAAUCAGAUGACAAGAAACCAUCAACCACUUCUUCAAAGUCCAAAGUAGUAAAAUCGGGGACGGUUACAAACACGAGGACGAUUAAACCGCUGCAUUCCGCUUCCGGUCCAAAAUCUAAAGCACCGCCAUCAUCUUCGUCUGGGAAAGCACCUCCAACCUCCGCACAGAAGAAGGUGGGAGGAGGUGGAGGAGGAAACAGCAAAGUUAAGACGGAAGUAACGGUUGUUUCACAAUCGGAGAGAAAAGUUGCUCCUGGGAUGAUAUCAUCUGGUGCCAAGAAAAAGCCUAUACCACACAAAGUGAUGCCCUCCGCUGUGCAUAACAAAAAGGAAACGCCCAGCUCGCAAUCCCGUUCAACGAACAAAAAACAAGAGCAGGUUGUUGUCUCUUCGACAAAAGACGGAGUAAGAACUCGGGCUAGUUCAUGUUCAUCUGCUGCAUCCGCCUCCACAGCGUCCUCCUCAAUGGAUUCUUCUUCCAGUGGAGAAGACGAGCCUGAAGACUCCUCACUCGCUGAGAGCAGCCCAACCAAGCAGAAAAAGAAGAAGGAAAAAGUGUCUGCCCGACUUCCAGCCAGCAAAAAGAUGACUUCCACCGCCACUACCAAACAGCUCUUGAUGGCUUCUUCAGCUAAAUCCAACAAGAAAGCUCUGCUAUCUUCUUCCGUUGUCCGGAAUCUAGCUGCAGAACUCCUGUCCUCCGCGGACGACGAAGAUGACCAAGUUGGGAAAACGAAAAAGAAGAUGCCCCACCAACGGCGUCCACUAACUCGUAGACAGAAAUCCGGUGUUAAGAAAACCAUUCCAACCACGACUAUAUUUAACCAAAGUCUUCUCCUUGCUGCUGCAUCCAGUUCAUCCUCUGCUGCUGCCGCUGCUGCUGCAAGUCCGACCAAUUCUAGCAGUCCUCGAAAAUCUUCUGUGGUCGCGUUAGCUUCGUCUUCUUCUGAUCUCGUGCCACUGACUCGAUUGCCCUCUUCCAUCAUUAGUCGGAGAUCGACUUCGAAUUCCUCGGCAAAUUCGUCAGAGAAUGAGUCCAUGGGCGGCGGACGAGGCAGUGGUCGAAGGAGAUUUCCAUUUGCUUCAUCAUUAACCACAGGAUUCUCCGCUAGCAAUAAGAAUAAAUACAUGUCGACUUGGGACUCGGACUUUUCGGAUGACAAUUUCGCCCAACAUAUUACAAAUUCGGGUGCUAAUAACUUCAUUCGAGUUCCAGCCAAAACAUCGACUCGCCCAAGAACAUUUGAUUUUAGCUUGAUGGAUCCUGAUGCUUUUGAGCAGCCUCGAUGUCCUUUUCCAUCUUGUGACUCUAGCGGACAUCUUUCUGGAAAGUAUCCUGGACACAAUUUCCUAUCCUGCUGUCCCCGUUAUCAUGGAUUCGAAGCAACGGAGUGCGUUGAAAAUGAGGAAGAGCGAUCAUCACGAGAAGUGGAACGGGGCAGAUAUCGAAAUGUUUUAUCUACUCCAGGGAAAAAGACUCCCAAACAAACCUCGGAAACUAAAUCGUGGUUGGCAAAUAUGAAACAGUUGAAGGAAACGGAAACACGGGAUGGACUCGUUUCUCAGUAUGACAGCCUCCUCUGGAAAGACUCCUUAGCUAUUGCGGCCGACAGGAUUGAAAAGGAGCAGAAUGAUGGUGUUACGACUCAAGGGAUUUACUACAGGUACUCCAUGGCUGUGGCAAUGGGUCGGUUUGAAAUGAAAUGUUGGUGUGAAAGCCCAUACCCCGAACCUCUCAGUCAGAAUCGGAGACUUUUUGUCUGCGAAUUUUGCUUGAAACCUGUCGGUUCUGGCACAGUUCUUAGAAGGCACUGUGCAAAAUGUGUAUGGAGACAUCCUCCUGGAGAUGAGAUCUACAGAAAAGAUCGGCUGUCGGUGUGGGAAGUGGAUGGCAAGAAACAAAAAACCUAUUGCCAAAAUUUAUGUCUGCUCGCCAAAUGUUUUCUUGACCAUAAAACUUUAUACUUGGACGUGGACCCCUUUCUAUUCUAUGUUAUGACUCUAGCAGACUCUCAGGGAUGUCAUUUAGUGGGAUAUUUCAGUAAAGAGAAGAAUUCAUUUCUCAACUAUAACGUGAGCUGCAUUUUAACCCUGCCACCUUACAUGAGGCAAGGAUUUGGGAGGCUCUUGAUAGAUUUUAGUUACUUGCUGACCAGAGUGGAAGGGAAAGUGGGAUCACCCGAAAAACCACUUUCGGAUUUGGGACUUAUAAGCUACCGGUCGUAUUGGAAGGAUGCUGUCCUUAGAAGAUUAUGUGCAUGCGCUAGCCGUGAAAUUAACAUUAAAGAUUUAAGCAUUGAGCUUGGGGUCUCCACAGCCGACUUGAUAUCUACCCUUCAGUUCCUCGGAAUGUUGAAAUAUUGGAAGGGGAAGCAUCUAGUUUUGAAAAAACAGGACGUUUUGGAGGAAUACCUGGAACGCGUAAGACGGCGUGGAAACGAGCGUCAAAUUGAUUCGUGUUGUUUAAGAUGGAGACCCUACCAGCCACCAUCAGAUGAACAUUCUAGCUCAGAAAAAUCCUAACCAUAAUAAUUAACCUAAUUACGUUGAUACAAUAGUUAGUAACACAUCAAUUGAAAUGUUUGUUCUCAGCUUUUUAUAAUCUCAUCCAAACAUGUUCAUUGUACGUCAUGGCAUAAGUAAUUUUGCAUUUAUUUACGAUUAAUAUAUUUUGCUGUCAAAUAUAAUUUUUGUUACGUACUAAACAAUAAAGUCAUCUGUUAAAUUCAAA